AUGACGACUAAUGAGCGGUGUUUUAUGUGCGGCCACCGGGGCCAGCAAGGCGCCCAUCUCGUCGAAGAAUCCGACGAAUCGGUCCGAAUACUAAAGGCAAAGGGCUUGAUAAACUUUCGCCUGGUGUCGGUAGAGAAUGGCGUGGCACUCUGCGCCAGAUGCCACAUUGAAUACGACGACCACUGUGACCCCAAGCUCAUGUUCUACCCAUAUGGGUUUGGGCCAGAGAAUAACUAUGGCCUGGACGGUUUCGACAGCUAUUACAACGAGGGGAAAACAGGGUUUGACCCUGUAGCCAAAGGAGGAGAGGACGAUGACGGGGGUAUCACCGAGCGCGAGGGCACUGAUUUAGAAUCCAUGGAUGCACCCCUGGUAUUCAACAUACAGCGAUGGAGAUGGGAGAUCGGGCCUGAGUCGAGCUCAGAUGAUAAGGCCCGAGAACUCGCUGGUUCAUUUAUGUAG